GGAAGUGCCCGGGAGCGCUCGGAUGGCGCCAGCUGGGAGUGGCUGAGUGUUGGCUGGGCUUUGGCCAGUUCUGGAACAACCAUGUCACCGUCUUUGCGCGUUCCAGAAGCACAACGCUACCCAGGCGGAAGUGUUGUCUGAAUUCUCCGUGGAUGUGGCAAAGAGGAGCGAAUGCUAGAGGUGCCGCUGAAACAGUGUCCGACCAAGAGAAAUAUGUAGGCGGAAGACCUGUUACCUUCCUCCGGCAUGGACUUCCUGGUUCUCUUCUUGUUCUACCUGGCCUUCUUGUUGAUUGGUGUUGCCAUGAUCUGCAUCUUCACAAAAAACCAGCGUUUGAAAAGCCUGGUCCUGGGAGGAGCACAGGCAGGUCAAGGGUGGUUCAAAACAAAAUGAGGACAAGUACCCAUGAGAAGAGGUUGACUCAGGAGGACCCUGGGGAUCUAAAGGUGUGCUCCUGCAUAAUCCCACAGUGCCUUCAGAGGGCCGCACAGAGGCUUCUGCAUCAGCUCUUCCACACACGCAACCCCUCCUUCAUCGUCCUGCACCUGCUCUUGCAAGGGCUAGUUUAUGCUGAAUACACCUUGGAGAUAUUUGGCUACUGCCAGGAGCUGGAGUUCUAUCUGCCUUACCUUCUCCUUCCCUAUCUGCUGCUGGGCGUGAACCUGGUAUUCUUCACGCUGACUUGUUCCGCCAAUCCAGGCAUCAUCAAUAAAACCAAUGAGUCAUUCUUUCUGCAAGUCUAUCGAUUCGAUGAUGUGAUGUUUCCAGAGAACUCCAGGUGCUUCACUUGUGGCUUAAGGAAACCCGCCCGGUCCAAGCACUGCAGGGUGUGUGACCACUGUGUGCACCGUUUUGAUCAUCAUUGCAUUUGGGUGAACAAUUGCAUCGGGGCCUGGAACACCAGGUACUUCCUCAUCUACCUCUUGACACUGGCAGCUUCAGCUGCCACCAUAGCCAUUCUGAGUGCUGCCUUUCUGGUCCAACUAGUGGCAGUGUCUGAUCUGUACCAGGAAACUUACAUUGAUGACUUUGGGCAUCUCCAGUCAGUGGACACAGUCUUUCUAAUUCAGUACCUGUUCCUGGCUUUUCCAAGGAUCAUCUUCCUGCUGGGCUUUGUCAUGGUACUGAGCUUGCUCCUGGCUGGCUACCUGUGCUUCCUUCUGUACCUGGCUGCCACUAACCAGACCACAAAUGAAUGGUAUAAAGGUGACUGGACCUGGUGCCAGAACUGCCCUAUGGUGACCUGGUCCCCAUCAGCUGAGCCUCACAUCUGUCAGAACAUUCACUCCCAUGGAUUUUGGAGCAACCUUCGAGAGAUCUUUCUACCUGCCAUCCCCUGUUAUGAGAAAAAGAAGAAAUAGAACGGGAAGCGGUGUUUUGAAUACAGUACACAUCUAUAUCUAUCUAUCUAUAUAUA